UCGUCUCCAACUUGAAGUCUGAUUCUCCUGACUGCCGGGUACUCUAUGCUGCUUGUGAGAAGCACCUCCUCCAUCUACUCUUCUGGUGAAGCGAUACUGUCGACCAGCAUGACACAUUUUUCAGGAUUUGUGAGUUGAUAGCUUGCUACGGGUAAGCUCUGAAUGCUUCAGUUGAUGACUGAGAUGUUCUCUUGAGUUAAAUUUAACUUUCCUGAGAAUUGCUCACCUGACAACACAUCAUGGCUUCCAAUAUAAUUGUGGAACAGCAGUUUUCUCACAAAUUCACAGUGACAGUGGUUCGAGCUGAGAACGUCACCAAGGGAGCACUGGGUGACCUGUUGGACACCCCAGAUCCAUAUGUGGAGCUGUUCAUCCCAACAGCCCCAGAGAGCAGAAAGAGGACCAAGCACAUAGACAACGACAUCAACCCAAAAUGGGGCGAAACCUUUCACUUCAUAUUAGACCCCAACCAGCAGAACGUCCUGGAGCUAACAUUAAUGGAUGCGAAUUAUGUGAUGGAUGAGACACUUGGGACGACAUCCUUCGACCUUACCAAGCUUAGAGUGGGCCAGACAAAGAUGGAGACUUUCUUUAUUGGCAAAGCAACCAAAGUGUACUUAGAGAUGUCGCUGGAGAUUUGUACCAACCUGGACCUGCGGUUCAGCCUGGCCCUGUGUGACAAAGAGAAACAGUUCAGACAAACCCGCAGAGAAAGAGUGAUGCUGGGCAUCAAGAAGCUGCUAGACAUGGAGAAGCCUCGUUUCCUCCCCAGCUCUCCACAGGAGGUACCAGUGAUAGCCAUAGCAGGCUCAGGAGGCGGUUUCCGUGCCAUGGUGGGCUUCUCAGGUGUGAUGAAGGCGCUGUUUGAGUCUGGGGUCCUGGAUUGUGCCACAUAUGUCGCCGGCCUCUCUGGAUCCACAUGGUACAUGUCAACUCUCUAUUCCCACCCUGACUUUCCAAACAAGGGCCCAAUGGAUAUCAACAAGGAGCUAAUGAAGAGAGUUAGCAGUAACCCACUGAGGCUGUUGCUGCCCCAACACAUCACCAACUACAUCCAGGCCCUUUGGACCAAAAAGGCCUCAGGGCAGCCUGUUACCUUUACUGAUAUCUUUGGUAUGCUCAUAGGAGAGACGCUUAUUCCCGCGAGAAUGGACACUAAGCUAAGUGAAAUCCAGGAGAAGACAGACCAGGCACAGAGUCCCCUUCCUCUCUUCACAUGUCUGCAUGUCAAGCCAGAUGUUUCUGAGCUCAUGUUUGCAGACUGGGUGGAGUUCAGCCCAUAUGAAAUUGGGAUGGCAAAGUACGGUACCUUCAUGACCCCAGACUUGUUUGGAAGCAAGUUCUUCAUGGGAACUGUUGUGAAGAAAUAUGAGGAAAACCCUCUUCAUUUUCUGAUGGGUGUGUGGGGGAGCGCCUUCUCGAUUCUGUUCAACAGAGUGCUGGGCGUCAAAGACACAGCUGGUGGCAGCACCAUGGAGGAGGAGUUAGAGCAGAUCAAACCGCAGCACAUUGUCGGGGAAGACAGUUUGGACAAUGACGACGAGCCACGCAAAGGUGGGACAGAGAACCAGGAGGCAGAGGAUGAGUUUCAUCGCACUGCUCAGGCCAGCUGGGUUCAGCGAAUGUUCACAUCGCUCUUCAGUGAUUCUGCCUUGUUCAACACAAGAGAGGGCAGGGCUGGGAAGGUGCAUAACUUCAUGCUGGGCCUGAACCUGAACACCAGCAUCCCAUUCUCUCCAGUCACUGAGGUUACAUAUCACACUCCUCCACCUGAGGAGGAGGUGGAUGCUGUCACAGACCCAGAUGAGUUUGAUCGUAUCUACGAGCCUCUGGAUGUGAAGAGUAAGAAGAUCCACGUGGUGGACAGCGGCCUGACCUACAACCUCCCGUACCCUCUCAUCCUGCGGCCGCAGCGUGGCGUUGACCUCAUCAUCUCCUUUGACUUUUCUGCACGACCAAGCGACUCAAGCCCACCAUUCAAGGAGCUUCUGCUAGCAGAAAAGUGGGCUCGAAUGAACAAGCUCCCAUUCCCCAAGAUCGACCCAAAAGUCUUUGACCGCGAAGGCCUGAAGGAAUGCUAUGUCUUCAAACCAAAAAAAGGAGAAAAGAACUGCCCUACUGUCAUCCACUUUGUCCUGGUCAACAUCAACUUCAGGCAGUUCAAAGCGCCUGGUGUUCCCAGAGAAACUGAGAAGGAGAAGGAGUUGGCGGAUUUUGACAUUUUUGACGACCCCGAGUCACCUUUCUCCACUUUCAAUUUCCAGUACUCCAACGAGGCCUUUACCCGACUCCACGACCUCAUGGAGUUCAACACUCUCAACAACCUGGAGGUUAUUAAAGAAGCCAUCAAAGACUGCAUUGUCUCUCGGAAAGAGAACCCCUCAGGCCUCUCCCUUCCCUUCUCACUCAGCGAGAUCCCGAAAAAGAAGUUUUUCAGAAGAGAUCCUCACCCAAAACCUUGGAAUCACUUGGGAAAUGAUAACCAGUAGCCUUGUUUGGCUAAAUUGGAGACUAUGGAUAAGCGGACGUUAGGGAUUUUUGUAGAUGCUAUCUUAAAGUACAUCAUUUUCUUUUUGGAAAAUGCAGUCAUGUGGAUCUCUUAUAUCUCUUAUAUUUUUAAUCUGGAGGAUUUGUUAAUCUCUGAUUUGAGCUAAAUUUGCAUGUAAAGAAUCUUCAUGUUUACUGGUGAAAUCCUUAUGAUUGCAUUCAUAUACAACACAACAUUUGCACCAAUGCAACUGCUGGGAAAACUGUUGGUGUUUAUUGACCACAAACAGCUGAUGGUUGCUCUCCCUGCUUGCUGUGAGAAAGACUGGAUGUUGAAAACACUGCAGUGUGACUGGAUUGUUACAGCUAACAUCUGGCUCCAUAACAAACAACAGAGAUUGGUUGUGAAUCCUAUCUUUUGUUUUUGAUAUUUACUGAGAAUCCUAAACUAUUCUUUCGCUUAGUUCUUUAUGUUUGAAAAUAGUGUGCUCACCCCCCUUAGUUUAGUGCAUCAUGUGAAAUGUCUAUGCCAGCUACAACAUUCUCAAUUCACGUGGACACCUCUUGGCUUUAGUUCUUGCUGCCUAGAGCGAAGCUGCAUUUGCAUUUUUCCUAUGACUUUGUAUGCAGCCUGUUUCUACAUUCUGAGCUGUGUGACUGCACUGUUAAGAGCCGCACCUGUACUGUACCUGUUUGUGAGCUGAACUCUUUCCAUAUUGAACAUGGGAAUAGAGAGAUAUGCAAAUCGCCAUGUUUUUAUUUUUUUCAACAGAUGGCUCGUCUAAACAUGUAAUUCUGUUUGAAAACAUGGAAGAGGAGCCUGUAACCAUUGGUUUUGUUUGAUGGCAACUCCUAAACACACCAAGUGCACCCCCUCUGGAUACCUCAAACAUCUCAAUGAUGUUUACCCACCUACAGGGAAGUAGCACUCCCCUGUAGGGAGUGUCUCAUAUUAAAGCCACCAUUUUGGAAAAACAAAACUUGGUACCAUAGAAACAGCCCCCCCCCCCAAGGAAGAUAAAGCUGUAUUUAUCUUCCUGUCAGACUUUCAGACUGCCUUUUAGGUACAGUAUGAGUCGUUAUCAGGCUAUUUCCUCCUUCAACACAAUACAUUUUCUGCAGAAGUCCUCAGAGGCCCCUGUACAAUGAAGGGGAGCUAGGUCAGGGCAAUGGAGUUGGAGUGGUGAGUGUAACACGAGACCCACUUGUAUCUGAAAAUGGUGGCUUUCUGCAGUACUCAGUGGAAUUUUACACACUACACCUGCAGCAGUGGAUGCCUGGAAUCUGAGACACUACACCUAUACCUGCAGGGGCCCAAAGGCUGCACACACAGCAGUGGAAUUUUACACUGAAGCGCUUCCGACCCCUAUAUAUCCUACUCAUGUUUCAGCCCCACUGGUUUGGAGAAAGAAAGUGUUAAAGAAAGUGUUCUGCAUCCUUGCUGCAAGAUCAGGGAUGAACGAACCUUUGCAACUUGCAUUUCUGUUGAUUUUUUUAGCAGAUGUUUUGUCUUGGUUUUUGUAUUUCUAUGUUUUCUGUAGUUAAGACAUUGAUUGGGAAAUAUGUUUCGUUAAAUAUUCACUGUUGUUUAUUUGAUUCCACUCCCAUAUCUGUCUGUUAAAUACAGAAAGCAAAAGUCAUGACACCACAUCUGGGCUAGCCACUUGUUCCACAAGCUUCCGUAACUCAAUGCAAUCUCUCAUUCAGCAUUUCUUUCAUUGUGCAGCACAUUCUUGUAGUCUUAAGAAAAAUCUGCAUCAACUACAACAUUAAAUAUGAGAAAUCGAAACCGAGUUAAACAAAGCUUAGACAUAUCCAAGCUAACCAUGGCCCCUUGACUCACUCAUUGAUUCGUCUGGCUCUGUCUGAACAUAGAAAAACUAAAAUGUACUGAUCUUCAGAGGUGCUGGUAGAUUGGACUGAGCCAGUCUAUCUGUUUCCCCUUGUUUUCAGUUUUUAAGCUAAGCUAAGCUAACCGGCUAUAGCAGUAUAUAUAAUGGACAAGAUUAUUCCAUCUAGGUCAAUUUGCAAAAAAACGGCAUAUGCACAAAUUUCCAUAGUUGAAAUAUAACACAGAGUGCAACAAAACAAGCAUUGAUCAUUUUGUGAUUUUCCUGUCAAACUCAUGUUACACUUUUUCUUUUCUUUUUUUCUUUUCUUUGUAGCAUUAGGUUAAUUAAUAUAGAAAGCAUACAUGAACUGUUUUCUUUUGUACAUUUUUGUCAUAUUACAUAUUAUGAUCUGUGAUAACGUUUACAAAUGUAUAAGAUGCUAAACAGUCAACUCUAGGGAAUCAAGACAUGUACAGAAAUACUGCAGAGAUAACUGUUUGUAUUAUAACUGGCCAAGCAUGACACACAUAAUGUUUAUGUGAAUCAUAAAGAGAUGAGAAUAAAAGAGAAACUUUA